UAACUUCUGAACCUUACACGCACAUACACAGGGGCGGGGGUUACACAGGGUUAAUUAAUGACUCACAUUUCCUUAUAACAACUGGGUAGACACGGUGGGUUCCUCCUCCCCAAAUCCUGAAUUUGCGUCAGAUUUGGUGAAAACACUGAGGAUUAUAUAACGAGUGAACGCCCAGAUAAAACGCCCACCAGGCCCUGAGCUGUGCUGCCGCUGCUGUGAAGCUGCAUACCCAGUGAAACCGCAGAGAUGUCCGCUUGUGAGUUUGAAUCCCUGGAGAAGUCUCUGGAGUCUCAUCUGCCACAGGCCGAGCUGUCAGAGGUGAAACGUAUCUUAUUCGGGAAGGACACAAGGAAGUUGGACCUCCCUGCGUGUGCUGUGGAUGCUGCCUCCGAGCGUGACUUUGAGUUGAAGGGUUACAGGUUUGAAGCUGCACAGGAACAACUGAGGCCACCCAGAAGGAUCCGCGUGGGACUCAUUCAGCACCACAUAGUUCUUCCCACUGAUGCCCCCAUCCUGGACCAGAUCAAUGCCAUGCAUAGCCGGAUUGGUGAAAUAGUUGAAGUGGCAGCCAUGUGUGGUGUAAACAUUGUCUGCUUUCAGGAGACCUGGACCAUGCCCUUUGCUUUCUGCACCCGCGAGAAAGAACCAUGGACAGAGUUUGCAGAGUCUGCUGAGGCAGGAAACACCACACGCUUCUGCCAAGAGCUGGCCAAAAAAUACAACAUGGUAGUUGUUUCUCCAAUUCUGGAGCGAGAGGAGCUGCACAGCACUCUGUGGAACACAGCAGUGGUGAUCUCCAACUCUGGAAAUGUGCUGGGAAAGAGCAGGAAGAACCAUAUUCCCAGGAUUGGGGACUUUAAUGAGUCUACAUAUUAUAUGGAGGGCAACACUGGCCACACAGUGUUCCAGACGCAGUUUGGGAACAUAGCUGUGAAUAUCUGCUACGGGCGCCAUCACCCCCUUAACUGGUUCAUGUACAGCAUGAAUGGAGCUGAGAUUAUCUUCAACCCCUCAGCUACUGUGGGAGCUCUCAGUGAGCCCAUGUGGUCUAUAGAGGCCAGGAAUGCAGCAAUAGCGAACCACUGUUUCACUUGCGCAAUCAACCGUGUUGGGACGGAACAUUUCAAAAGUGAGUUCACAUCUGGUGAUGGAAAAAAAGCUCACCAUGACUUUGGACAUUUCUAUGGAUCCAGUUAUGUGGCUGCUCCUGAUGGCAGCCGCACCCCGGGGCUCUCCAGGACCCGUGACGGACUGCUGGUGGUAGAAAUGGAUCUCAACCUGAACAGACAAAUCAGUGACAAAUGGAGUUUUAAGAUGACUGGGAGAUAUCCUGAGUACGCAGAGGAACUUACCAAGGCUGUCAGACAUGACUUCAAACCCAAUAUAGUGAAGGAGUAGAUAAUAUUCCACUAUAGUUGAUUAAAGUAUGUAGCAAACAAAA